AAAUGACGUAGUGUGAAUGAUGAGCUGUGCAAUUGUAUUAUCUUGGUGAGAAGGCCGGUCGUUAGUUGCACCCUGGAUAGGUGCACGCAACAUCAAUGACUAAAGAAGUCUUCUCAGAGUUCUGAUAUGAUUAGGCAAGCGGAGGAGAAAACACCCAAUUCAUUCAUUCUGGCUAUCAGAAAGAACUUGUCCAGCGUCAGUCCUCGCCCCAUACUCCUCGCAGACCGUACCGAUGACAACAGGCGUCUCUGCAGAAGCGGUUAUAAACGUCUAGCUCGCACCCCAUCACCAUGUUCAAGGCCGGCAUGGACGCCCUGUCCAGGCGCAGGCAGAAUGGUGAAUGGCGGGCGGACCAGGAUUUCGAGGAAACUGAACUGUACUAUGCUGAAAAGGGGCUGGGUAUCCCUCGCCAGACUAGUCGCCGACUCCCCGGGCAAGUGCCUUCCGAUGGUCCAAGCCGAAGCACACUCGUUCCGCACACAACGAACUUGGUCCUGGACAUCCUCCCUGGCCAGGAAUAUCGAGACACGAAUCCGAGAGGCCGAGCAGGCCUACGUUCGCUGACUGGUGUACACCGGCAUACAGCAGGGACAAGAGCCGCACACACAAUCCAAAGAUCAUCCGCAUUACCUCGACCACGCCUUCACGUGACGGGGCACACGACACGUAGUCAAACCUCGUCCGCGUUACAUCGCCACACUCACCUGCCGCAAGCUGGGAUUGGAGUGCCUCUGCAGUCCCAGCAGCAGCAGCAGCAGCAGCAGGACCAGCAACAACAUCUGCCGCUGCCGCUGCAACAACAUCAACAGCAACACCAUCCGCUGCUUCAGCAGCGGCAGCAUCAACCGCAACUGCAGGAACAGCAACAGCAGCAACAGCUGCAACAUCAUCGGCAGCAGCAGCAGCAGAACCAGCAGCAUUAUCUGCCACUGCCGCUGCAACAACAUCAACAGCAACAACAUCUGCUGCGUCUGCAGCGGCAGCAUCAAAAGCAACUGCAGGAACAGCAGCAACAUCAGCAGCAGCAGCAGCAGCGGCAGCAGCAACAGCAGCAGCCAACUAUCGGGCAAGCAGCAGUCGGCGAGCCCGUAACGUUCCACCCGGAGGUACUCGGCUCCGUUUACGGGCACCAGCAAAGAUCAAGGCCUCCCAUGCAAGUGGUGGACGUUGCUCUUGGCGAGGAUUAUGCUCGGAGGGGAAAUGACGAGACCUUCACGCGUCUGUACGACAAACAAGCGGCACGUAUGGGAGUCAGAAUGCCGUCUUGGGAGAUUCGCCUGCAAGGCAACCCACAGCUGAUCGACCAGUACCUAGCAGCCAUGAUGGGACGGACAGUGCAACAGGGAAAUGCUCAGGUGGCUGCGGGGCAAGAGCCACACGUGCAGUCGUUCAGUCACCAGUACGCACAAGAACACCCGCAUGGAGAGUCAGCUCGGGACCCGACACACCAAGACGCACAGCCGCCCGGAGAACCGGUAAGGGACCAUCGCGAAGCGCCGAGGAACCAGCCGCCAUUUCAAGUCCUUGACAUGUCUGGUCAAGGAUUGCAAGAACUUCCUGCAGCGGAGAAAGGUGUCGUCUUCGGGUCUAUGACGCUGCAGAAGAACUGUCUCAAGUCCCUUCACAAGCUCUGGAGUUUCCCGCUCCUUCUGUACCUGGACGUGAGUGGUAAUCAGCUGAGGUCCCUGUCUGGAGUGCAGGAGCUGCGUGCACUUCGGGUGUUGAAGGCAACACGGAAUAGUAUCGAACGGAUCAGCCACAUUGAGGACCUGGCGCAAUUGCGCAUCCUGUCACUGGGACACAACAAGAUCGAAUACAUCGAGGGCUUGAACAGACUUGUGCGUCUGGAAGCCCUCCAUCUCUCCAGGAAUAGGAUUUCGGUGCUGAGCGGUCUUCGUACCCUUGGCAACCUCAGGGAACUGCACAUGAGGCGAAACAAGCUGACUCACGUGCUGCCUAACAGCGGAAUAUCAGAUUGCCUAUGGCUGGAGUUCGUGGAUAUAAGCUACAAUCGGAUACAGGAGUUGAAAGAUAUCGAAGGUGUGUUCCCGUUGCCAAAUCUUGGUCAUCUUGUGACCAAGGGCAACCCGUUCACAGAGUGUGAGAACUACAUGGAAGACGUGGUGUGCCAGAUCAGGUCUUUGUGGCGCGUCGACAGUACGGAUGUGAAUCCGGAAGACCGUGAGAAGGCGCUGUCCCAGAGGGAAACGAGUGAGAUUAUAGAGCAGGACUUGAAGCGGCGGAAUGUGCAAGUGCUGACGUUUGAAGCGUCCCGCACCCUGGCCGCAACGCACUGGGAAACCGAACACGCGACGGCAACCAGGCAAAGACCGGGAGAUCCUGGAAAGGCUCGCUCCUGCGCUCAGCUGCCGGAUGAUGAAAACCAGCCGCCUGCAUUCGCAUACGAAAUCCAAGGCACGCAAGUUCAUCUCUGUGGCUGUGGUUCGUUGAAACUCUACGCAAAUCGUCCAAGCGACGGCGAGCCACAGAAGGUGGACACCAUGCUCAUCGAGCUGAUGUCCAUGGGCGAGAUUCUCUAUCAACUUGACCUCAUCACGCCAAUUUGCAAGAAUGUUCAGACUCUUCAAUUGACCAAUACUCAUUUGGAAACCUUGCCGCAGCUGAAUUCACUCGCACGGGCUUUCCCCAGUCUUCAGUCAUUGAUAAUCGACACGGAGGGGAAUCCGGUGACGAAUAUCUCCUAUUGGAAAGAGUACACCAUCUACGCAUUCAGUCAGCACCAGCUCUGCGAUUUCAAUUAUGAAGAGAUUACGGAUGCCCAGCGAACGCAAGCGCAGGCAUCGUUCCGCACACUAUCCAGUGUCCUGGAUGCCACGUACGCCUGCUCAUUGCACCACACAGCAGGAGCAGCAGCAGCAGAAGCAGUAGCAGCAGAAGCAGCAGUAGCAGCCACAGAGGAUGCGACUGCCACCGACCAAGAUAGUCAGACAGUGAGCAAGGAGCGUGCACUGGACGAAUCGGUGCAUGACCUGGGCCCUAUCGUGGAUGGAGCGCAAGCGAAAGAAGAGGAUGGUCAACCUGGGAAUACGGCUGAGCAAGGUGUGCAAGGCCCGAAGCCUUCAGAGCUAUCCAAACUGCCUCACUUCGCGCCAAUUAUGCAGAUGCCCGGGCCAGCAACUGAUCUGCAGGUCGAUUGUUCCCCGCUAGAAGCUGUGAUUCAGUCAAGCGUGCUGCGUCUACGUGUGGAGCACACAUUCAGAGAACUUUGGCCAAGCUUGGCGCAAGACAUGGUGCUGGAUAAGCUGCUGGAAAUGUGGCAUGUGGCCGAGUACGAACGUAAGAAGCGAGAGUUCCUGUUCGAUGAUCGGAAGCCUGACUAGCUUCUGCCAGACUCUACAGUACAGACCUUGAAACGAUCCGCUCAUUGUCUGUACAAGCAUUGCACAGUAUCCGUUUGCAGUUGCUAGUCAAGGCUGUGAAGGAACACCAUCAUAACAAUACCCACCAUCUCCUAGUGAAAAAACCCACUUGAACAUCGUGAUCACCAGAAAUGUUCAAUUUGCAAACUUGAUUCAUCUCCGUUUUUAUAAACCGAUUCCACGCAGACUAUGGCGUCCCUGCUUCUUGGUCUCCUCGCUAGCCUAGAUUUCCAUCCAACUAUCAUAAUUAUUGAGUUAAUAUCAGGCAAUGUUAUUUAAAAUACAUCUUCGCCUAUGUAGACAAAGUGUCUCAGGUCCUUGCUGCAAAAUGGUGCUCAAUACCCUAAUACGGGCAGAGUGUGCUACAUAAGGCAGAGCAACAGCCACCAGCAUCUUUCCUGUGACUCUGAGGUUAUGCGAUACACGUCAUAUAGUACGUUUGCCACACCAAAUUCUUCUAUAUAAGGGUUUCUGUACGCGCUUUGGGCAUUUUGCCACCCCAACUGGCUCCUAUAAUAAAUGGCGGAUUUGACGUGAUCGCAUAACCUUUUACACAGUGCUGAUCACUAAGUCUGAUCAUGUGAGUCGAUGCCGUGGCCUACGCUGUGCUGCACCUGCAACUGUGAAGACCAUGGUGUAAACAGGUGCGUAGUGUAGAGGUAGACUUCUUCAGUCAUGUGACAGGAUUUCAUUUUACAUAUCCACUCGGUUUAUCGCAUUCCCAACUCGUCACAACCACGCGCUCUCAGCCGAACCACACAGA